AUGAAAUAUCAAUCUACUCCUGCAUGGAUUGAAGUAAAACUGUAUCAUAAUGUAUCCAUACUGCUCCGAUUAUUUUUUACACUAGUCUGUAUGUUAUUCUGUUGUAUUAUCGGUUAUAUUACCCAGUCCUACCUCAUCCAAUUCAUCUUGUUCUUUUCGUUUGUUAUUUCUAUCUAUACGCAUUUGCGCAACACUGUUAUUGAAGAAUCUCUUCUAGUGAUAUCUGGUUAUGGUUUACAAACAUCAAGUUAUUAUUUCACUGGUCGAAGAUUAUAUUCUUCAUUUAUACCAGCUGAUAGAAUUAAAGCAAUUCAUUUAAUUGAUUCAGUUAGCCCAUUCAGUAUACAUACCUAUCUAGGUUGUGAAUUUAUUAAUAAUAAUAACACUAAUACUAAUAACAAUGACAAUAAUAAUGAUAAUAAAGUGAAUACUCUUUUAACAGAUUAUUCUAUUUCACCAUUGAUGCCAAUUGUGAUGAAUAGUGGGGAGAUUCGAUUUAAUACUUGUAAUUAUAUUCCUUUACCGUAUCUUGUAUGGAUGUUACGCUUAGUUAAUUUUACAUUGUUUCAUUAG